AAGCGCGCGCUCUCUCUCUCUAGCUCUUUCUCUUUCUCUCUCUGCUCCUCUCGAGCACUUUCUCUCUCUCUCUGAGCUCUUUCUCUCUCUGCAAACGUCUAGCGUAUCUCUUGUGCUCUGUUUUAGAUUUAGUGAAAAUGAGACUGAUUCACAAGAAUCUCAUCCCUAAUGGAGCCGGUAGUGCCAAGAUGAUCCCCGAGGAUACCGAUGAGCUAUGGCAGGUUUAUAAUCUCAUAUCUAAGGGCGACAGGGUUAGGGCUGUGACUGUAAGGAAAGUCCAAAAGGACGUGGGAUCUGGAAAAAGGAAUGUUUGUCGCAUGAAAUUCAAGAUAGAGGUUGAAGUUGAGGGGGUGGAUUAUGAUAGUGUGGGAUCGGUUUUACGUGUACGUGGUAAGAACAUUAUAGAGAAUGAACACGUGAAGAUUGGUUCUUUUCAUACACUUGAAAUUGAUUCUUUUCAUACACUUGAAAUUGAGCAGCAUCGACCUUUCAUUUUAAGGAAGGAUGUUUGGGAUUCUGUAACAUUAGAUGUCCUCAAUCAAGCAUGUUAUCCUGCUGCAAGUGCUGACCUAGCAGUAGUUUUGAUGCAAGAAGGAUUAGCACAUAUCUUUCUAAUCGGCAAAAGUGUGACGACAACUCGCACAAGAAUAGAAGUUACAAUUCCCCGAAAGCAUGGCCCUGGUAUUGCUAGUUAUGAAAAGGCUUUGACAAAGUUCUUUGAGAGGGUAUUGCAGGCCCUUCUAAAUGACAUUGAUUUCAAGGUCAUCCUUUGUGUUGUAAUUGCGAGUCCAGGCUUCACAAAGGAUCAAUUCCACAAAUACAUGUUGUUAGAGGCAAAAAGGCAAGAUCUGCAUUCACUAAUAGAGAAUGAAUCAUGUAUUCUGCUUGCACAUUCGACCUCAGGGUACAAACACAGUUUAAAGGAAGUUUUUGAUGCUCCAAAUGUUAUGGCUUUAAUAAAAGAUACAAAGGCUGCUCAGGAGAUUCAAGUACUCAAGGACUUCUUCAACAUGCUUUCAAAGGAUCCUGAUCGUGCAUGCUAUGGACCUAAGCAUGUUGAGUUUGCCCAUGAGAGAAUGGCGGUUCAAACACUUCUUGUAACCGAUGACUUAUUCCGAAAUUCGAACAUUCCAAUAAGGCAGAAAUAUGUCAAUCUGAUUGAUUCAGUCAAAGAAUCUGGGGGCACGGCACAUGUAUUCUCAACGAUGCACGUUUCAGGGAAACAAUUAGCAGAACUUACAGGUGUGGCUGCUAUAUUACGGUUUCCCUUGCCCGACUUGGAUGAUAUUGAGAUGUAAUCGAGGCAAGAAGAAGCACGCUCUUAACACAACCAAACAUACUAUCAACACAACCAUUAUACACUGGUUUUUUAGAGAUUUUUUAAUCGGAUUUCACAACACUGGUUUUUUAGAGAUUUUUUAAUCAGAUUUUACCACCCCUUAGAGGAAGGGCCAAGUAAGGGGGACGAGUAGGAGAAAUAGAAGGGCCAAGCAAGGGGGACAAACUUUUCGAUUGCUCGUUUGAGAACUACGAUCUUUAGCUUUGCAACUCUAAAGCAUUUCCUUGUAUCUGAGAAGAACUUCCAGAAAGCUUGAUCUGAAUAAAUCAGAUUUUUUCUUCUUAUAUGUAUUCCAUUAAAUAUCAAAUGGGUAUAUAAAUAUUUAUUUUGCA